AAACGCCUCCUUUAAGCUUAUUUGUGCACAACAGGUGUAAAUCAAAAGCAAAGGACGAGAUAUCAAUUCAUCCAAUCGGGAAGAACCGAGGGAUAUAUAUAAAUAUAAUCACCUAGCAAUUUAUUUUUCAUAUUUUAAAUAUACGACAUGGCGACCAACACUAUGGAUACGUGUUUUCGAAUUGCUGUUCUUGGGGCGAAAAAUGUAGGCAAAACGUCACUGAUCACUCGAUUAACGAAGAAGGACUUUCGAGAGAAGUACAACCCAACCAUUGAGGCAUUGUUCCGGUACGAUAUUCCAACCUCAGAAACCAGCUGCACCAAAUUGGAGAUUCUGGACACGGCAGGCGACUUCGAAUUCCCGGACAUGUUGAGAACAGCUAUACGGAACAGCAAUGCUUUUACAUUAGUGUUCGACUUGAGUGAUCCUAUUCGAACUUUCAGAGAAGUUGAAACUUUGCGACAAUGGAUUCUUGAAGAGAGGAGAGAUGAAGUGCCCAUUAUUGUCAUUGGCAACAAAGCGGACCUGAACUCUGAACAGGACACCACAGACAACAAAAUUAUAGAUGCAAUCGUUUCUAUUGACUGGGGUUGUCCUUAUAUUACAACAUCCGCCAAAGAUGAUGUGAAUAUUUCGGACAUGUAUGAUGCUGUUUGUAAAGGACUCAACAUCAAAACUGAACCAAAACCAGUGAUAAAUGGUGGCUGUAAAAAAGAAACUUCAAAGAAAUUCAAAUUUAGGCGAUUGUCCUUAUUUUGAAGACUCUGUUAAAUCAUCCUAAUUUGAUGUUUCUUACAAUAAAAUGUUUGCAACAAUA